AAUCCUGACCCUGAUUUAUAAGGUUGUACUAAUCGCCUUGAUUGGCCUGAAUAUGGCUGUAGAGUUUUAUAUAAACAGCUUCGUAUUCUGGAUACUUUUGGGCAAACACGUAUUGGAUCUUUUUCUGGUAACUGCCUCCGUUGAGGGAGCUGUUAACCAAUUUUUGAACAUUGGAAUGCAGUUUGGAAAUGUCGGUGAUCUUAGCAAAUUUCAAACUACGCUGGAUACUUUAUUCCUUCAUCUGAGGCUUAGCCAUUUUCGAGUCAGCAUUUUGGGCCUAUUUGAUGUCACCCAAAAGCAAUAUCUACAGUUCUUAUCAGCACUCGUAUCUUGGCUAGCUUUUAUAGCACAAUAUAGAAUGCAGGUCGGAAAUUGUUAGGCAUAUUGAAAAGUAAUUCGGUUUCUUGUAAUAUUAUUAUAAGA